GAAAGCGACACCGGAAGCGGGCGGCAGUCGGUGCCGGCGCGAUGGCGGCGGAGGGAGACGUGGAGCUGGAGCUGGAAGCGGAGCCGAAUGGUUCGGCGGGCGGCGGGGAUGGCGGCGGAGGAGGAGGAGGCGGCGGGCGGGCGGCCGAGAAGCCCCGGAAGCACGACAGCGGCGCCGCCGACCUGGAGCGCGUGACGGACUACGCCGAGGAGAAGGAGAUCCAGAGCUCCAACCUGGAGACGGCCAUGUCGGUGAUAGGAGACCGGAGGUCCCGGGAGCAGAAGGCCAAGCAGGAACGAGAGAAGGAGCUGGCGAAAGUCACUAUCAAGAAGGAGGACUUGGAACUGAUUAUGAAUGAGAUGGAGAUUUCCAGGGCGGCAGCAGAGCGCAGUCUGCGGGAACACAUGGGGAACGUGGUGGAAGCGCUCAUCACCCUCACCAACUGAGAGGAUGUCCCUCUGCCAAGAAGGGGAAGGAAGCAAUCUCAGGGGCUCCUUUGCAUGGACAAAGCAGGCAUGAUGCUCUUGAAGCUACUGCAAUAAAGAUGCUGUCCUUCA